GUUUUGAAUAUGUCAACUUGAACCUGACUAUCAGGCACCUCAGAGUCUGUUGGUAUCCAUGCUUCGAGUUCUGUGGUCUGGAUUAGAGAUGUAAAUUUGGGAGCAAGCAACGUAUUAGUUGCACUUAAAGGCAUAAGACUAGAUGAGCUCAUCAAGGAGAGGUUAUAGAUAGAAAAGAAAAGAGGCUAGAACCGGGCCUCCGCACCCAGUGAUCGGAAGUUGAGGAGGAGAGGAAGAAAAGGUGAAGAAGACUUGAGUCAUAAUGAGGUAGGAGGAAAAGAGAGGAGGUGAGAGGGCAAGGAGAGAGAGAGAGAGAGAGAGAGUGGUGGAAUCCCUGUGGAGUUAGUCGUGAUUGGACGCAGGGCUCUGACUCCACUCCAGAAAUCACAGUGGUUAGCUCUUCCUGCUACCUGUACCCUGGCAGCCAAGCUGUGGCUAAUGACAUAGGAUUGGCCAGUUCAAUGUUCCUGCCCAUGACUUUGAGUCAUGAGGGAGUUGUGCAAAGGCUGCAGGAACAGUUUAUUUAUGGCAGUGUCCUUUUUACUAGAAGAUAUAUCUGAAGACUUUAAGGACGAAGAAUCAUGCCUUUUGCAUCUUAAGGUGAUACAGUUAAUAUUGGAGAUGUAUCCUACAAGUUGAAAACGCCUAAGAGCCCGGAACUUGUGCCACAGAACUACUUUUCAGACUCUCUGGCUCAAUCAGUAAUUCAACAUCUAAGAUGGAUAAUGCAGAAGGAUCUUUUGGGGCAAGAUGUCUUUCUAAUAGGACCUCCUGGUCCUCUUCGACGCUCUAUUGCUAUGCAGUACCUGGAGUUGACCAAACGGGAGGUUGAAUACAUCGCCUUAUCAAGAGACACCACCGAAACUGAUCUCAAACAGCGUCGAGAGAUCCGCGCAGGCACUGCUUUUUACAUCGAUCAGUGUGCAGUUCGUGCAGCCACAGAAGGUAGAACUCUCGUUUUGGAAGGCUUGGAAAAGGCGGAGAGGAAUGUUCUUCCUGUUUUGAACAACUUGCUGGAAAAUAGGGAGAUGCAGCUUGAAGAUGGACGCUUCCUGAUGUCUGCCGAGCGUUACGACAAACUUCUGCAAGAUCAUACCAAAACAGAAUUGGAUGCUUGGAAGAUUGUCCGAGUUAGUGAAGAUUUCCGAGUGAUCGCCUUGGGCUUGCCAGUACCUAGGUACUCUGGGAAUCCAUUAGAUCCCCCGCUCCGGUCUCGAUUUCAAGCCAGAGAUAUUUAUUAUCUACCCUUCCAGGACCAACUUAAACUGUUGUAUUCAGUUGGAGCCAAUGUUUCUGCUGAGAAAAUUUCUCAACUCUUAUCCUUUGCCACCACUCUCUGUUCCCAAGAAUCUUCUACUCUUGGACUUCCAGAUUUUCCUUUAGAUAGUUUACCAGCUGCAGUUCAAAUCCUGGAUUCCUUUCCUAUGAUGUCCAUCGAACAUGCAAUCCAGUGGCUUUACCCGUACGCUGUUUUACUAGGACAUGAAGGGAAGAUGGCUGUGGAAGUUGUUUUAAAACGCUUUGAACUCCAAGAUUCAAGAAGCUCUGUGCUUCCUGAAGAGGUUGUGAGAGUGGAGAAGAUGACUGAAAACCAUGUCUUCCAAGCUUCUGUGACCAUCCGGAUUGCAGAAAAAGAGGUGACCAUUAAGGUGCCAGCUGGGACCAGGCCAUUAAGUCAACCUUGCACAUCAGACCGUUUUGUACAAACUUUAAGCCAUAAACAACUACUGGCUGAAAUGAUGCUGUCUCACAUGGUUAAGGACAUAUGUUUAAUUGGAGGAAAAGGUUGUGGAAAAACAGUCAUCGCUAAGAACUUUGCAGAUACCUUAGGAUACAAUAUAGAACCUAUCAUGCUCUAUCAGGAUAUGACAGCGCGUGAGCUGCUACAGCAGAGAUACACGCUUCCAAAUGGAGACACUGCCUGGCGGUCCUCACCCCUUGUAAAUGCUGCUCUGGAAGGGAAGCUGGUCCUCCUGGAUGGCAUUCACAGAGUCAAUGCGGGUACAUUCGCUGUAUUACAAAGAUUGAUCCAUGACCGAGAGCUAAGCCUCUAUGAUGGCUCUAGGCUGCUGAGAGAAGACCGGUAUAUGCGUUUAAAGGAGGAGCUACAAAUGUCUGAUGAACAGCUACAGAAGAGAUCGAUUUUUCCUGUCCACCCCUCCUUCAGAAUCAUCGCCUUAGCAGAACCCCCUGUUACUGGAAGCACUGCACAGCAGUGGCUGGGACCAGAAUUCUUAACCAUGUUCUUUUUCCAUUACAUGAAACCACUUGUCAAAAGUGAAGAAAUCCAAGUGAUUAAGGAAAUGGUCCCAAAUAUGCCUCAGGAAGCUUUGGACAAAUUGUUAUCAUUUACACACAAACUCAGAGAGACACAGGAUCCAACAGCCCAGUCAUUGGCAGCAUCCCUUUCUACCAGACAGCUGUUGAGGAUUUCUCGCCGGCUGUCACAGUAUCCUAACGAAAAUCUUCACAGCGCUGUCACUAAAGCCUGUCUUUCCAGGUUUUUGCCAAGCCUUGCAAGGUCAGCAUUAGAAAAAAAUCUGGCAAAUGCUACAAUAGAAAUAAGUACUGAUAAUAACCUGGAGCCAGAAAUGGAGGAUUACAAAUGUGAAGUCACAUCUGGAUCUCUGAGGAUUGGAGCUGUUAGUGCACCGAUCUAUAAUGCCAAUGAGAAAAUGAAAGUGCCUGAUGUUCUGUUCUAUGACAACAUCCAGCACAUGAUAGUGAUGGAAGAUAUGCUCAAAGACUUUCUUCUUGGAGAACACCUAUUAUUGGUUGGGAACCAGGGCGUAGGAAAAAACAAGAUUGUUGAUAGAUUCCUUCACCUGCUCAACAGACCUCGAGAAUAUAUCCAGCUGCACAGGGACACCACGGUCCAAACACUUACUCUUCAGCCUUCUGUUAAAGAUGGACUUAUUGUGUAUGAAGACUCACCUUUGGUUAAAGCAGUAAAAUUGGGUCAUGUUCUGGUAGUAGAUGAAGCAGACAAAGCCCCAACAAAUGUCACCUGUAUUUUAAAAACUCUAGUAGAAAAUGGAGAAAUGAUUCUAGCAGAUGGAAGGCGCAUUGUUGCAAAUUCUGCAUUAGUCAAUGGAAGAGAAAAUGUUGUAGUGAUCCAUCCUGACUUUAGGAUGAUUGUUCUGGCCAACAGACCUGGAUUUCCUUUCCUAGGCAAUGAUUUCUUCGGUACCUUAGGUGAUAUUUUUAGCUGCCAUGCAGUUGAUAAUCCCAAACCCCACUCGGAACUCAAGAUGCUCAGGCAGUAUGGCCCCAAUGUGCCCAAGCCCAUCCUUCAGAAGCUCGUGGCUGCCUUUGGAGAGCUGAGGAGUUUAGCUGACCAGGGCAUUAUUAACUAUCCUUAUUCUACCAGAGAAGUUGUCAACAUCGUCAAGCAUUUACAGAAAUUUCCCACUGAAGGUCUCUCCAGUGUGGUUAGGAAUGUGUUUGACUUUGAUUCCUACAACAACGACAUGCGGGAGAUUUUGAUUAACACUUUACACAAAUAUGGGAUACCCAUUGGAUCAAAACCUACCAGCGUGCAGCUGGCAAAGGAGUUGCCUCUGCCAGAGCGGACUUUCAUGGGCUAUUGGACAAUUGGUCAGUCAAGAAAUGGAAUGCAAAAACUAUUGUGUCCAGCAGAAACUCAUCAUAUAGAUGUAAAGGGUCCAGCACUUAUAAACAUACAGGAGUAUCCAAUAGAAAGACAUGAAGGAAGAUCCCAAACCUUUACUGAAGAAUGUGCCUCCUGGAAGUUACCACUGGAUGAAAUUAACUUAAUCUGCGACAUCGCUACAUCACAUGAAAAUGAGGAAAAUACUCUCUAUGUAGUUGCAUGCAAUCCCGUUUCCUUAUACUUUAUGAAUAUGACUGGGAAAAGCGGCUACUUUGUGGACCUUUUUGACAUCUUCCCAAGAACGGCCAGUGGAGUCUGGCACCCAUUUGUGACAGUGGCACCUCUGGGAAAUCCCCUCAAGGGUCAAGUGAUUCUCCAUGAGCAGCAGAGCAAUGUCAUCCUGUUGUUGGAUACCACUAGCCAAGCCCUUCAUCGUCUCAUCUUACCUUCAGAAGAGUUUACACUUAGGAAAACCUCCUGGUGGAACAAAGAGGAAGCUGAAACUUACAAAAUGUGUAAAGAAUUUGCGCACAAAAACUGGCUAGUAUUCUACAAAGAAAAAGGGAACACCCUGGCUGUGCUGGAUGUUCUAGAAGGGCGAACUCACACCAUCUCACUUCCCAUCAACCUCCAGACAGUUUUUCUUGUAGCAGAAGACAAAUGGCUUCUGGUGGAGAGCAAAACACAUCGGAAAUAUCUUUUAACUAAGCCUGCACACAUCGAAUCUGAGGACAGUAGGGUUUGCCAGUUGUAUGUGCUGAAAGAGGAGCUGCCUAGCACAGGGUUUGGAGUCACACAAGAAACAGACUUCAGCAUACCUCAUAAAAUUUCAAGUCAUCAACUAUCAUCUGAAAAUCUGAGUUCAGCUGUGGGACAAAAGAUUGCCUCUCCUAACCGAAUUCUUUCGGAUGAGGAUAGUUAUGCUACAGUCGUGGUUGGUUUCCCAGAUCUCAUGUCACCUAGUGAAGUUUAUUCUUGGAAAAGGCCAACAUCUUUGCAUAAAUCAAGGGUCACUGAUACAUUCUAUGGAGGGAAGAAGAAAAUUGGAACUCCAAAGCAGAGCAAUUGUGUGACGCUUUUGGAUGCUAAUCAGAUAGUCAGGAUUUUGCCCCCAGGAGAAAUCCCUCUAAAAGAUAUCUACCCAAAAGAUGUUAUCCCUCCACAAACAGCUGGCUAUAUAGAAGUCACUGAUCUCCAAUCAAAGAGACUCCGAUACAUCCCUAUUCCCGGAUCAGACUUUCUCUCACCAUAUACCACGUGGCUAUCUACUAUCUCGGACACAGAUGCACUGCUGGCUGAGUGGGGCAAAGGUGGCGUUGUCACUGUUGAUAUGGGAGGUCGCAUCCGGCUUUGGGAAACUGGACUGGAACAUCUGCAGCGGUCACUUAUGGAAUGGAGAAACAUGGUUGGACAAGAAGGUGACAGGCUUAUGCAGAUAACAAUCCACAGAGAGAGCGGUGAAGACGUGAGUUCCCCCAAACACGGCAAGGAGGACCCAGACAACGUGCCGCAUGUGGGCGGCAACACUUGGGCUGGCGGCACAGGGGGAAGAGACACUGCAGGUCUGGGCGGCAAAGGAGGUCCUUACCGGCUGGAUGCGGGCCAUGCAGUGUACCAGGUCUCUAAGGCUGAGAAAGAUGCAGUUCCUGAGGAGGUGAAGAGAGCUGCGAGAGAGAUGGGCCAGAGAGCGUUUCAGCAGAGGCUAAAGGAGAUCCAAAUGAGUGAAUAUGAUGCUGCAACCUAUGAAAGGUUUUCAGGGGCUGUUCGACGGCAGGUGCACUCCCUCCGAAUUAUCCUGGAUAAUUUACAGGCUAAAGGUAAAGAAAGACAGUGGCUAAGACACCAAGCUACCGGGGAACUAGAUGAUGCCAAGAUCAUUGAUGGGUUGACUGGAGAAAAAGCCAUCUACAAACGCCGGGGUGAGCUGGAGCCACAACUGGGCAGCCCGCAACAGAAACCCAAGCGCCUGCGCCUGGUGGUGGACGUGUCGGGCAGCAUGUACCGCUUUAACGGGGUGGAUGGCCGGCUUGAGCGCUCGAUGGAAGCCGUGUGUAUGGUCAUGGAGGCCUUUGAGAGCUAUGAGGAGAAGUUCAAGUAUGACAUUGCUGGACACUCUGGAGAUGGCUACAACAUUGCUCUAGUUCCAGUUAACAAAAUCCCCAAGGACAAUAAGCAAAGACUAGAAAUUCUCAGGACGAUGCACGCCCACGCUCAGUUCUGCAUGAGUGGGGACCACACAUUAGAGGGGACAGAACACGCCAUCAAGGAAAUCGCCAAAGAAGAAGCUGACGAGUACUUUGUCAUUGUCUUAAGUGACGCCAACCUGUCACGCUAUGGAAUACAUCCUGCCAAGUUUGCCCAGAUCCUGACAAGCAACCCUCAAGUAAAUGCUUUUGCCAUUUUUAUUGGAUCUUUAGGUGAUCAAGCAGCCAGGCUUCAGAGAACUCUACCAGCUGGCCGGUCUUUCGUUGCCAUGGAUACCAAGGACAUCCCUCAGAUCUUACAACAGAUUUUCACCUCCACCAUGCUGUCCAGUGUUUAAGAAGUGCCCUUUAUCAUCCCGAUGACCCUGGGAUUUGAAAUAAGCUAGGAAGAAAGAGUAUUCUGAAGAAAAGAAGAGGUCUAUAAAGUGCCCCCGAGUGAUGACUGGAUAAUUCUGGCAUUCCCGGGCCUUCCUGUGCUUGCUAAGUGAUCAGAGUUCAGAGAAGCAGCCGGAGCGAGGCCCGUGCAUGGAAAUCUACAACCAUUGAUGGGUUUACAAGCCAUUAGAGGAAGUGAGUUGUCCUGCAUUAUACAAAAGGUCAGGGUUAAGGGAAGAUGGUUUGAGAACUAUGGUGCCUGGUCUGUUUCCAAAAACCUGACGGAAGGAGUACCUUGCUUUGGCCUUAACAAAGCACCUGGUCACCUAAGAUAACAAAAGUGACCCCAGCAAACUAAGCCUUUGAUGCCACAUUCUGACGCUGGAAUACAAGUCUGUGCAAACUCACCCAACCAGCUCCUCUUCAAUAAUUAUUUUUAUUUUCUCCUCCACUCUGUACUGCCCAACAAACAAUGACUUUACAGUAUUUAACCCACUGAAAAGUCCUUUCAAUGGCAAUAUUCUAUACAAGGUUGGGUUUUCUCAAUAAUUUCAUUUUCUUAGCCAAAACCAAAAGGAAUCAAAAGAUCCUUGGAUUGCUUCCCUUCCCACAUGACUUUUAAAAGGCUUUUUAAAUAAUAAGGAGCAAAUGUCCUAUUCUCCAUGCUGCUGGGAUUGGAGGGAUGUUUUGCCUUGAGUUUCCUGUUUCUUCUCCUUCUUUAGCGCUCCUCAAAAGUUUCACACUCCUCCGUUUUGGUGUCCAAAAUGUAAUGCUCAAAAUAACAAAUGCUUAUGUUUUUACAUAAAGUAAAGUAAAAACAAGGCAGUAUGUUUGAACUGAAUGGUAAUGAGAUUUCUUUAGCUAUAAAUAUAUAUAUAUAUAUAUAUAUAUAUAUUUAAGCCUCAUUUUUUAUUCCCACUCUCUCUUGGGCUGACCUUUACUUAUCAAUAGACUCGAUGUCAGUUUUUUUUUAAUCAAAUGCUCCAGCAGAAGCCAGUCUCUUUCCAACCAUAUAAUAAAAGUUUCUCUUCACCUUCGAUGGUAAAGUCUGAAAUGCUGGGGGCACCAUGGUGUCUGUGCUUUCAUAAGACAAGUUGGAAAAAUUAGUCUUGUUAAUAAUGGUAAGUUAUUCACCCAUACAUAGUGGGAAUUGUACGAUUCAUUUUACUUUAAUUAUAGGAAAGAAAAAUAGAUGACACCCAUUUGUUUCACCAAUCCAUCUCCCUAUCAAAGAAAUAAAAGCAAUCCGAUUUCCAGUGCAGUAUUGCCCAGCAAGUUUGCGUGGCUUGUCUUGUUUCUCUAGACAGACGCUUGCUUUGCAUCCAAUGAUGCAAACAAUUUCAAUCCAAGAGGUAUCUUUAAAAAUGCAAUUGCAGGGCUUCCCUGGGGGCGCAGUGGUUAAGAAUCCGCCUGCCAACGCAGGAGACACGGGUUCGAGCCCUGGUCCGGGAAGACACCACAUGCCGCGGAGCAACUAAGCCCGUGCGCCACAGCUACUGAGCCUGCGCUCUAGAGCCCGCGAGCCACAACUAUUGAAGCCCACGCGCCUAGAGCCCGUGCUCUGCAACAAGAGAAGCCACCGCGAUGAGAAGCCCCUGCACCGCAACGAAGAGUAGUGCCCACUCGCCGCAACUAGAGAAAGCCCACACGCAGCAACAAAGACCCAGCUCAGCCAAAAAUAAGUAAAAUAAAUUUUUUUAAAAUGCAAUUGCAUUAAUAACAACAAUAAUGAUAAUGAUAAGAACGGCAGCUAGCAUUUACUGAUUACUAUGUACCAGGUAUGCUAAGUGAUUUCAUACAUUAUUCCAUUCAAUCCUCACAACAGUACAUGUAAAAUAGGUCUUUUUUAACCUCAUUUACAGAUAAGGAAAGUGAGGCUCAGAGAACUUAAAUCACUUUCCCAAGAUUCCCAUUUCUAGACUAUUGACUAACUACUCAUUGUACUAUUAACAUCCUCUUUUUACAAAGAAGGAAACUGAGGCUUAGGGAAAUUCAAGAAAAUAGGGGCAAGGGCAGAGCUGUGACCCUGGACUGUCCCCUCUCAUGCUUUAUUCUUGCAAACCUAGAUGUCGAACUUUUGGUGCCUUUUUCUCCUUUCUCCCAGUGCAGUUUCUCUUCUUGCAAAAUGACCGCAUUUCCUAGAGCUCCCUCUCCGCGGUACUCAGAAACUAUCUGCACAAUUUGAGCACUUAGAGGAGGGAGUGGGGACCAAGGACAUGGGACACUGCUGGAGGGACACUUCUAACUGCUCCUUCUUGGGCCCGCAGCGAAUUGAGGAAGUGUCCAUCCAAGGGGCAGCUUAACCCCCUAGGGGUGCCCCUUUGCUAGAGGGUCACAGCCCCUGAAAGCCUUUGGAAGUUGAAUCCUAGAGUGAUUGACGGAACAGCCUUUUAAUGAAUCCUCCCUAUGGGUAACUACCUGAGUAAGCAGAAGCCUUGUUUUUUUUUUUUAUAACAUGGAAAGAAUGUUCUCAAGUAAUUUAAUUUCCCUUUCCCCACUGGCCAGACAUCCUUUGCAAAAGUUAUUUUUUAAAAAUAUGUAACUCCUGGCUUUUCUGAUUUGUAAGAGGGAAGGCUGAUGGGGGAGGGGAGUAGAGAGUGAGAAAAUGAAGGGCUUCUUUUCACUUGCAAUACCUAAGAAGUUGUGCCUUUAAUAUUAAAUGCACUUAAUUAUAGGCCACUCCAAGCUGUUCCCAGGCCCUUCUUAGGGCCAGGACGUUAUAAUA